UAAAUGAAAAUAUUUGUAAAAAACGUUAUGGGGAAUACGCCAUAUGCAAUCUAAAAGCUGAUUCAUUCGGUAAACCUUUAUAUAGUUUUGACUGUGAUAAAGAUUAUUAUUAUGAUCCGAGUUCGAAAAAAUGUGUCGAAAUUAAAGAAAAUUAUUGCAAAAUGGGAGAUACGUCAUGUCAACAGAUAUGUACCAUAGAGAAUGAAAAGCAGAAAUGCGGUUGUUUCAAAGAGUUUAGAUUGAAUACAGAUAAUAAAACUUGCGUUUAAAAGAAAAUCGCAGAACUCCAGCAAAUCUUCACUCUGAAAGUUAUUGGGCUGCAAUUUUAAAAAAUGUAAACAUAAGUUCCCACUCUCUGUGUUAUUUCAUCAUUAAUCUCGAGAACGGAUAUAGAUACACGAAAACCGAGACCAGAUAUGGGAAGCUUAGCGGCGGGAUGCCCGAUUAACUACAUAAGAACUCCCGUUUUGCACCGGAAAUGACGCCAUUUAAAUUCAAGUUUCCCUCUGAAGGAGUAAGAUAAAUGACCGGCAAAAGUUUAUUGCUAACAGGAAAAGUAAUAUGUACAGGGGC